CUAGCUUUGUUACGCAAAUUAAAGCGCGUAAACUUGAAGUUGAAGGCAGGAGCUAUGUUUUUAACCGGUAAUGUUGGAAGUGGAUGUCGGUGUGGCAGUAUAUUGACAGGAGAAUGUAAACUGGAGUAAAAUCAUUGAAUGAACAAUACUGUACGAUGAUGAGUUUGAAAAAGAACACUUAUAUAUCACGUCGUGUAUUGUACCAGCAUGGCAUUUAUACUGAUGCCCUCUAAACGUACACUUUUAUCCCAUUUUAUGUGUUGACCGUGAAGGCACCAUAUAUGACUCACUACAGCGCAUAUUUUUGGCGCUUUCGGUACCAGGGUGUUUAACCUUUUUUUUCUUUGAUUUAAGUCACUUUGCUCUUGCCUAGUAUGUUAACAGAAAUCAACUUUAUUUUCCACAGGUGGUGUUUGUGCGUUAACCUAGUCUUUGGACGUUAGCCCCGAGACAGAGCUGUUUAAUGCUAAUGAUCAAUUAGCAAAGCUAACAUAGUAGCCUGCAAUAAACAUUGGAACUAAAAAGCUUUUUUUCAGUUCAGCAAUUCCUUCAAUUGAUUCAAUUAAUUUAUUUGCUGCUGGCAUCUUACAACCAUGAUGAGAAGGAAUGAGAAUAUGUCAAGCAGAACACCAGCAGGCGGUUUCUCUGUGCCGCUUUUCAAUCAGAAGAAAAGAAAUCGAAUUCCUUUGACAUCGACUCCCUCUGAGAAUGAGUUUUUUUCUCAUAGUGAGUGCUUGCCAAGUACUAGUUCAGCAACCCAUUGUACACCAGGUUCCUAUGGAUCUUACCAGGCCUCAAAUUCCUCUUCUGAGGCUCAUCCAAGUCGCAAGUGGAACAAACAGGACAUGCCACAAUCUACUCAGCCCCAACAACAUGGCAGUUACAGACCUGUCCCAAAAAUGAGAUCGUACACACCAAUAGCACAUCCAUACAAGUUUGGAGGUAGUAGCAAUCCUACGUCCAGACAGAUCCAAUAUCAAACCUCCACCAUCAAUGACACUGCACCAAGCAAGCAGAGACUUCAUUCUGGGUUCUCUCAGAUGAGCCAGCAGUCAUCUCAAAGGACAGCCAAUCCCACACAGUCCAGACCUCUGCCUGUUGCAGUUCAACCACCUCGCGGGUUAGCUGCUCAGACGACCCAGUCACAAAACAAAUGGAAUUUUACAAACAGUUUUGGACCACAUACCUUUGUGGGGAAAAUAAACUCAAACAAACCCCAGACUCAAACUCAAAAGUAUGAAAAUAGUCCCAAUAAAGCACCUUUUGACAACUCACUCAGGAUUUUGACAGCUGUUAUUGAUGGCAUGAGACACUGGAGUCAAUUCAAAGACAAAGUUACAUACUUUUUUGAGAUAUUUGCAACUCUCGACUCUGCUGUCACCUUCGGUCGCCAUGGAUCCAAGAACUUCCUGUUGAGAGACCGCAAGGAGGUUGUGCAAUGUAUCUUCUAUGAAAAUGAGCAAGAACUACCUCGUCUGAUCCGUGGUCAAGUCCAUCGCUGUGUGGGUAACUAUGAUCGCAGCAGAGAUGUCCUGGUGUGUGUGUCGGUCAGAUCCGCCCAGCCGUCAGAGGUCAGGAACGCUCAGCAGGCCAUCAAAGCCUGCGAUGCUCACAUGCGGAAACUGGUCAGAUUGCUUAGCGAAGUCUGACUACUUUCAAUGUUUCUCAUGUGGAAAAAAACAUAAGGAUGUAACGAAUAACAGUGUUGUCAUAAUGUACUAAUUUCUAUACAGUAAUAUAUUCAAUAUUCUAAAGGGUUUUGGAACACCCAACUGCGCCCA